ACCGUACAAUAAGUGGGGAUUAAAUACUUGGGAUCUUUUCUAUUUCAAAACACAUCCUGAGAUAACAUCGAAGAGAGAGUCACGCAGUGUUUUUGGACCUGAGCUUGAUAUUUUAACCAAAAAUCUAGAUCCAGGAACAAAUGAAAUAAAGAAGGUCUUAGCAGUGAAGCAUAACCUAAG